CAACGCGUUUUAAAAAGAGCUCAGCUCCUAGGUGGAACUUGGUAUCUCAAAGAUUUGUAGUCAGUUUAGCUUUCCCAUCUGUAAAAUGAGGGUAAUACCUACUUCAUAGGUAUUAUGAAGGCCAAUAGGACCUUCUGCAAAUAGAAACCAAAAAAGAGAAGCUUCAGCUGUGAUGUUCAAACAUCCUUUGCUGCUAAAGGAACUGUUACAGCUAGUGCCAAGUAAAUUUAGAAAAGGGGCAAGCCCGGUGAGAAGCCGAAGAUCCAAGUCAGUUUUUCAGAAGAAGCUUGGCGCGCAGAGGCUGCUGGUCCUGGGAGGGAGGACGUGAAUCCCGGCAGACUCCCGGGAGGAGACGCACAGAGCGGGUGGGCAGAGACAAGAGCCACCAACCCUGAGCCUCACUGUCCCUUAUCCACUCGGGCACCCGGAACCUUGCGCGCGCGGAACCUGGGUGGCGGAGCAUCGGCGUCGCGGACCUUGAAGGCGAUGGAGCAGGCGCGCGGGCCGGGGGCCGAGGCUGACGCUCCGGAGGAGGAGGAGGGGGAGGCGCGGGCGGCCAUGGCGGCCGUGGUAUCAGCUGCGGGUGGAGCGUGCCCCGCGGUCCUGCAGGUGGCCGGCCUCUACCGGGGGCUGUGUGCAGUGCGCAGCCGCGCCCUGGGGUUGGGGUUCGUGUCACCAGCACAGCUACGCGUGUUCCCGGUACGCCGGGGCUCCGGCCUGCCCUCGGGGGGAGCAGACGGUAGCGGGGUCAGCGAGCUGGAAGCGAACCCCUUCUACGACCGCUACCGGGACAAGAUCCAGCAGCUGCGCAGGUCUGACCCAGCUGCCUUUGAGUCCCGCCUGGAGAAGCGCAGUGAGUUUCGGAAGCAACCAGUGGGGCACUCCAAACAAAGUGAUUUUAUCAAAUGUGUGGAGCAGAAGACAGAUGCCUCAGGGAAACAGCCUGUGAGCAAAGGAUUCACUAAGGACAAGACUCUCAGUUCAAUCUUUAACGUUGAGAUGGUGAAAGACAAAACUGCAGAGGAAAUAAAACAGAUUUGGCAGCAGUAUUUUUCAGCGAAAGACACAGUCUACGCAGUUAUUCCUAAAGAGAAGUUUGAUUUGAUCUGGAACCGGGCUCAGUCCUGCCCAACUUUUCUUUGUGCACUACCAAGAAGAGAUGGUUAUGAGUUCUUUGUAGGACAAUGGACAGGUACUGAACUCCACUUCACUGCACUUAUAAAUAUUCAGACCCGAGGGGAUGCCGCAGCCAGCCAGCUGAUUUUAUAUCACUAUCCUGAACUUAAGGAAGAAAAGGGCAUAGUGCUGAUGACAGCAGAAAUGGACUCCACGUUUAUGUUGUGUUACUAGGCUAGAACAUCAACCACAUGCCCAUAACUAAUGAUGCCCACUGUGUUUCCCUGUGCAUUCAGGUAACAGAGACAGUUUUAUGUCUAUCUAAUGCUUGCUUGUUUCCAUUUCGUUUGUCUGACAGAGAUUGUUUAGGAUGCCCUCAGAAGACUGGGCACUUCAAAGCCUCUUCCUCCAUUACCACACCCAUUUACAUUUCCUCUUUGUCUUUACCAGAUACAUAAAGAGCAAUAAGUGAUUUCAGCAAGCUCCUGUCUCAAAAUAACAGUGGACUCCAGGUCGGGAGCAGAGUGAGGCCUGUGCUUCCCUGACUGUUAUUCCUAAACUACCCAGCUUUAUUUCUCCUGUUUUUCCUUCCUCCUAAACUGUUUCUGUAUCACACUCAACUGGAUCCAGAAUCCUCUUUAUAAAUCUGUAUUUACCAUUAAUUGAGAUAAAGCUGCAGAAAAAUAGUUUUGAGAAGACCACACUUUUAGACUGUUAAAUCUGAGGUACCUAUUAGUUAUCCAAGUAAUGUAGACAGAUACAUGAGUCUGGUGUUCAGAAAAGUGCCCAGCUGUUGUAUGUGGAUUGUAUUUAAAGCUGUGAAUUGAAUGAAAUACCAAGAAAAUAAAUGAGGAUGCAGAAGAGAAAAAAAUAAGAACUAAGUCCUAGAGAGAUGAAGAAACAUCACAAAGAAAAUUCAGAAAACCAGUUGUGAUACAGGGAGAUUAAGAUAGUAGAAGGCCUGGAAGCAAAGGUAAGAUGUUCUAAGCAACAGGGAGUGUUUAUUUGGCCCACUUUAACUUACUUAUAGGGCAAAUGAAAUAGACUGAAAAUUUACUAGACUUUAUAGACAUGAAAAUAUUUGGGGACUUUUAAGAACAGCUUCAGAGGAAUGGUAUGAUUAUAAAUAACCAUAAUUAAAUUUAAGAACAGUGGGAAGAGAGGUUAGGAAAGAAAGAGUAGAGUGUGAGAUGGAGGAAAGAAGUGGGAACAAGGAUGUCUUUUACUUUAAAUAGUGAAUAAAUAGAUGGAAAAGUGUGGUAGGGAAAAUAUUAGCCAUAUAGGAGAAGGAAAAGAGUAACAUUCUGGGUAGACAAAUCUGGAAGUGAGGGUUUGAUCUUUGCCAGGAGUAUAUUAACUGAGAGAAGUCAAGAUAUGAGGACACAGGUAUAGUAUCAUUAAAUGAAUAGUUACUUGCAGCUUGUGGAAGUUCUUGCCAGAUUCGUUGUUGUUGUUUUAUGAAAAGAAAGGCUUUGAGCUUAGAGUAAACAUGAAAGCAUAGUUAGACAUUUGAGUCAAAAAGAGACAGUAUGCCAGCCAUGGUGGCGCACACCUUUAAUCCCAGCACUUGGGAGGCAGAGGGAGGUGGAUCUAAAUAUCAAGUCAAGGACUACAUAAAGAAACCCUGUCUCAAAAUAGCCAAAAAGUCAAAGGAAGUUUUACUUACAUAUUAUUUAAGUCUACUUUAGUUCUAUAACAGAGUUGAGUAGCUUGAGACUCUAUGGCCCCCAGAGCUUAAAUAAAAUGUUUACUCUUUAUAGAAAGUGUUUGCAAACCAUAGUCUAGGAAAAUGGAAAAGAGAAUUUGUGUAGGUACUGGCACGGAGAGGAUGUCAGAUUUAACUUGUCCAGUCAUGUGGUGUAAUGAUAUAAUUGAGAGGCCAAGAAGCUUAGGAUGAGUGCGAAGGGAUGCUUACACUUACUGGCCAGAGAAUAAAGCUGGAUAAAGAGGGAAGUGAGAAAGCAAACACACCAAGAAUUGUGGACUUGAGCUACAGACUGUUAGAGUUUGGAGUGAACUAGAAAGGUUAAAAAAAAUAACAAAGUGCAGAUGUUUCAGAUUGAGAUUUGGAGAGGAUAUCAUUAUUGAUGGCAAAGAAAUAGAAAGAAAUAGGACAUACAGACUGUACUGUAUUUUUUUUUUUUUUAUCUCUAGCAAAACACGGUGUCUGGCUAUGUUUCAGUGAAUCCUAGAGGUCAGAGGAAAGUUUUUCUUGAUUCUGUUUUACCACUUCAGGCUGGUAGGCUCAAACUGAUACAGUUUUAGCAUCAUUAAGGUUUUGGAGGGUUGGGUUUUUUGUUUUGGGGGCCUUUUUUUUUUUAAGCUUUAUAACAUUUGACAACAUACCAGACAAUAUUCAUUGCCUUGUAUAAACCACAUUAACUAUGAGAUCCCAGUAUACUUGGCUCAGCAGAUAAAGGCACCCAUCACCAAGCCUAAUGACCUGAGUUUAGUCCCCCAGGACCCACAUGGUAGAAGAAAGAACUAACUCUUGGAACUUGUUCUCUGACCUUCAUUGGGUGAGCCAUGGCAUACCUGCUAACAUACACACAUAAUAAAUUAAUAAGUAAAAAUGU